AUGUUCCUUCGGUCCAUCAUUGAUAGUUUUCCGAAAACGUGGAUCAUUCAAAAGAGAUAUCUUCCAAAGAUUAAAAUUCCUGAAUAUCUUUUAGACAGAACAGUAAAACCAGAAGAAGUUUUAAGUCGCCUUACACCUGAGGAUACAGAAAGGUUGGAAUUUUGUAUGGCAGAAUAUCAAAAUAUGCUUGAGAAAGGUGCUGAUGUUCCGAAGUCUUUAAAUAAAAGGAAUGUUCUGGACCUGUUGUGCUGCACCAGUCCUACAUCUCGAAUAAAAUUUCUAAGGUUUUUGUUCAAGUGUGAGAAGCGCGAUGAAAAUGCUCUUAUGAAAAAGUUAGAGAAGGUAACUGUUGUCUCUGACAGAACACCUGGAUCUUGUGACCGUAUUCUUCGAAUAAUUGAUGACAAAUGUUUCCGUUCACAUUGGGAUUUCUGGCAAGCUUCUGAAAUACGUUGUCCCGAUUCAGCUCAGCCUUUGUUAUUUGAUUUCUCAUAUGAAUCUGAGAUGAGAUUAGUUGAUUUAAGGUCUCUCUCGAAUCAAAUGACGUAUGUUCUGAACAGGAAUCGUAUAAUGAGACCUCAUCCAUUCCAUAUGGUGCUUUGUGGUUUAAAACAAGGAACAAAUCAGUUUGCUUACAUGGAAGAAGCUUUUGGUGUGAAUGCGAAGCUAUCAACUAUUAAAAGCUUGAACGAGCUUCCGUGGACGAUCACUCCCAAUCAUUUUUCCCAUGAAUAUCCUAUUCAUGAUUUAGAACAGCCUGUUAUACUGUUGUCGCCAAAUGCACGUCAAACAUUUGAAGCUGGUGAAUAUGACCAUAAUGCUGCUUAUGUCAUUGGGGCAAUAGUGGAUAAAGCUGUUCGGAGACCAAUUUCUUCUGCAAUAGCUCGACAGUUACGCAUAAAAUGUGUCAGUUUACCUUUGGAUCGCUAUAUAAAAUGGGGAAGUGGCAAAAGCAAAACACUAUCCAUAAACUGCAUUCAUGCGAUAAUGUGUGCAGCCAAGGAAACUAAUGGAGACUGGAAGAGAGCUCUACUUGAAAAUAUUCCUUCACGAUUUUAUGCUCUUCCAUCAAAAGAAUCUGUUGUAUAUAAAAGUACAUAA